GCGGGGCGGGUGGCGCGGCGUGGCGAGGGGCGGGGCGCGGGCGGCCGUUGGCCGUGUCGCGCGGCGGGGCAGCCUCGUCCCGGGGCAGGCACACAAACAGCGCGGAGCGGGGGGGCGGCGGCGGUGGCGGUGCGGCCGGGCGGGAAGCGGCGGGGCUCAGCGGGGCCGCCCCGCCUCCCUUCAGCUCUCCGGCGGCGGCGGCCGGCGCAGGACAAUGGAAGAGGCGGCGGCGGCGGCGGCGGCAGCAGCAGUGGCGGCGGCGGCGGCGGGGGGGCCCUGCCCGGCGGAUCGAACGGGGGCGGCGACGGCGCUGAGCGGGGAGAACGAGGCCGAGAGCCGUCAGGGCCCGGCGGAGCGCGGCGGGGAGGCGGCCCCCCUCAACCUGUUGGACACUUGCGGCGUGUGCGGGCAGCCCAUCCAGAGCCGGCGGCCCAAGCUGCUGCCCUGCCUCCACUCGGUCUGCCUCCGCUGCCUGCCGCAGCCCGACCGCUACCUGAUGCUGCCCCCCGCCAUACCCCCCUCCGCCGCCGCCACCGGCACCCCCAAGGAGCCGCAGCCGCCGGCGCCCCCUUCUUCCCCCGUCUCUUCGCCGGCCUCACCCAUGCACUGCACGCCCGUCGGUGUUAUCCGCUGUCCAAUUUGUGGUCAGGAAUGUGCAGAGAGACACAUCAUAGAUAACUUUUUUGUGAAGGAUACCACAGAGGUUCCCAGUAGCACAGUAGAGAAAUCAAAUCAGGUCUGCACAAGCUGUGAAGACAAUGCAGAAGCUAAUGGGUUUUGUGUGGAGUGUGUAGAAUGGUUGUGCAAGACCUGCAUCAGAGCUCACCAGAGGGUUAAAUUCACAAAGGAUCAUACAGUAAGACAGAAAGAGGAAGUAUCUCCAGAGGCAGUUGGUGUGACCAGUCAGCGACCUGUGUUUUGCCCUUACCACAAAAAGGAGCAGUUGAAGUUGUAUUGUGAAACCUGUGACAAGUUGACCUGCCGAGACUGUCAGUUACUAGAACACAAAGAGCACAGGUACCAGUUUAUAGAAGAAGCUUUUCAGAACCAGAAAGUGAUCAUUGAGACUCUAAUCACCAAAUUGAUGGAGAAGACUAAGUACAUAAAAUAUACAGGGAAGCAGAUCCAAAACAGAAUUCUUGAAGUGAAUCAGAAUCAAAAGCAGGUGGAACAGGAUAUUAAAGUUGCCAUAUUUACACUGAUGGUAGAAAUAAACAAAAAGGGGAAAGCUCUGCUGCAUCAGUUGGAGACUCUGGCUAAAGAGCAUCGGAUGAAACUUCUGCAGCAACAACAGGAAGUGGCAGGUCUCUCUAAACAGCUGGAACACGUCAUGAAUUUUUCCAAAUGGGCAGUUUCCAGUGGGAGCAGCACAGCACUACUGUACAGCAAACGCUUGAUUACAUAUCGACUACGGUAUCUUCUCCGAGCAAGGUGUGAUGCUUCACCAGUGACAAACAAUACCAUCCAGUUUCACUGUGAUCCUAGCUUCUGGGCUCAAAAUAUUUUCAAUCUAGGUUCUUUGGUAAUUGAAGAUAAGGAAACCCCACCACAUAUGCCCAAGAGCCCUGUGAUGGAAACAAACUUACAGCCGCCAGGCAGCUUACCUUCAAACCAGCUAUCUAAGUUCCCAACGCAGAUAAGCUUAGCUCAGCUCCGACUCCAGCACAUGCAGCAACAGGUCAUGGCUCAGCGACAGCAAGCUCAACGCAGAGCAGGUCCAGUAGGUUUACCAAAUCCAAGAAUGCCAGGAGCCAUGCAACAACCUCCUGCUUCUCAUCAGGCACCUCCGCGCUUGAUUCAUUUUCAGAACCAUAGCCCCAAGUCCAAUGGUUCAGCUCUCCCUGCACAACAGAUGAGAUUUCCCCAACAUCAGAACCUACCAAGGCAAGCAGUAAAGCCCAACCCAUUGCAAAUGGCAUUCUUGGCACAGCAAGCUAUAAAACAGUGGCAGAUCGGCAGUGGACAAACUUCAACUCCCCUUUCAACUGCAAGCAGCACAACAUCUACUCCAUCCAGCCCCACAGUCACGAGUGCUGUAGGAUGUGAUGGGAAGACGUACGGUCCCCCAGUGAUAGAUCUGAGUUCUCCAGUGGGUAGCUCCUACAAUCUACCAUCUCUUCCUGAUAUUGAUUGUUCAGGAAACAUCACACUGGAUAAUGUUGUACGGAAGGAUGGCACUGCAGAGCAGAAUCAGCCAAAACCCCCUUCAAACAGAACCGUGCAGUCACCAAAUUCAUCGGUACCAUCGCCAGGCCUCUCAGGAGGAGUCAGUGUGACAAACAUACACCCUCCAAUCCGUUCACCCAGUGCCUCCAGUGUUGGCAGCAGAGAGAGUUCUGGCUCCUCCAGCAGGCCACCAGGAGCUGAUUCUACACAUAAAGUCCCAGUUGUUAUGUUGGAGCCGAUCAGAAUUAAACAGGAGUCAAGUGCAUCAAAUGAGAACUUUGAUUUCCCAAUUGUUAUAGUGAAGCAAGAAACAGAUGAGGAAUCCCGGCCUCGGAAUGCCACCUUUUCAAGAAGCAUCCUUACUUCAUUGCUGUUAGAUAGCAAUCAUAAUUCCACUUCUGAUGAAGCUGUCUUAAGAACAGAUGCGCCGGACAGCACAGAUGAUCAACCAGGGAUACUGCAGGAGAACACAUCCAGUGGGAAGACAGGAUGGAUAGGCCCACCCCAUAUAGGGGAGGGCAGAAAAGAGGAUGAUCCCAAUGAGGAUUGGUGUGCCGUAUGUCAAAAUGGAGGGGAGCUCCUUUGCUGUGAGAAGUGUCCCAAAGUAUUCCAUCUUUCUUGUCAUGUCCCUACAUUGAAGAGCUUUCCAAGUGGAGAGUGGAUUUGUACAUUCUGUCGGGAUUUGUCCAAGCCAGAAGUUGAAUAUGACUGUGAUAAACCCGCUCACAGCUCUGAAAAAAGAAAAUUGGACGACACUGUGGGUUUGGCGCCAAUAGACCGUAGGAAGUGUGAAAGACUGCUGCUAUACCUCUACUGUCAUGAAAUGAGUCUUGCUUUUCAAGAUCCGGUUCCUCCCACAGUUCCUGAUUACUACAAAAUAAUCAAAAAGCCUAUGGACUUGUCAACCAUCAAGAAAAGACUUGAAGUGACCAAUUCAUAUACAAAGCUGGAAGAUUUUGUGGCUGAUUUCAGACUGAUUUUCCAAAACUGUGCUGAAUUUAAUGAGCCUGAUUCAGAAGUGGCCGAUGCCGGCAUGAAACUUGAAGCGUACUUUGAAGAACUUCUAAGCAACCUUUAUCCUGAGAGAAAGUUCCCUGUACAACCCAGCUGCCAGAGUGAAAAAGAUAAUCCAGAACUUACUGAUGACUCGGAUGAUGACUUUGUGCAGCCCCGGAAAAAACGCCUCAAAGGAGAAGACCGUCAGUUGCUUAAAUGAGCUGUAUGUGUUACUGCGGAACGUUUUUUAAAAACUAAGAAUAUUUAUCACUGUUAAUUGUAAAAAGGGGAAAAACCACAACUGCUUUGACUUGUAGGUUUGUGGAUAUUUACUGGACUUUCUACCCCUUGUUUGAAACACAAAUCUAAUGGAGAUCAAGGCAUAUGGAGAGCUUUUCUGGAGUUCCAAACUUCCAUCGUACUUCUGGAGCAGCACAGAAAUUGCCACUUGCGUGGGGUGACAGCUGUUUAACUUUUACUUUGAGAAUGAAAAGAAGUUUGUACAGAAUUGAACUUUAAAACAUUACAUGGGUUCAACAUGUGGCUUUCUGAGUUUGAAAAAAAUGUGAUCUCACCAGACUUUUAAUUUUACCAAAGGCAUGUGGCUGGCCAUAAUUUGAUUUCUUUGUACUGUAUUUAACACAAGCCAUGAAAACAGAUGGUGUAAUAUUAUUGUCCUGCAAUAUUGACUGGUACAACAAAAGUGUAGUUGCCCCCAAAGAAGUUACUGGUAAUUUUAA